ACCGCGCCUCAGGGGCUGGUCAGGCCGCUGGGCGCGCCCUUCAGCAGGAAUCCUGGGGAAGAGUCUCCGCCCGGCCCCGGCAAGGUGUGAGGGAGGCCUUCGGAGCAGCAGCCGCCCCGGGCGUCCCUCGCUCGAGGGCAGGAGUGACGGAAGCAAGAAGAGUGCUCAAUGAAUUAUUCUGCUGUGCUACAGUUUAUGGGCCACAGGCUGGAAAUUUGUACAGAUUAUUUAAGUGUUCUUAAACCCUCUGUUGCAGCAAGAGGUUUUUCUUCUCCAGGAAUAAAACCAUGGCUGAAAUGAGUGGUAGCAACUUAAAUGGAAUCACCGUUACUCAGCAAGCAAUAGCCUCUUGUUGUGGAGCUAUAAUUACAUCAUUGUUUGUAACUCCUCUUGAUGUUAUCAAAACUCGACUGCAAGCCCAAAGCAAUCCAUUCUCCAAAGGAAAGUGUUUUGUAUACUCCAGUGGUCUUAUGGAUCAUGUAUGUGUUUGUGAGAAUGGGGACAGCAAAGCUUGUUAUAAAAAACCUGGGCAUUUCAAAGGGAUGUUGGACGCAUUUGUGAAAAUUAUUCAAAUAGAGGGAAUUAGAUCUCUGUGGAGUGGACUUCCCCCAACACUAAUAAUGGCACUUCCUGCCACAGUGAUCUAUUUUACCUGCUACGACCAACUGAGUGAAGCUCUGAAAUCUAGACUAGGAAAGGAUAAUGAACAUAUUCCAGUUCUUGCAGGUUCCUUAAGCAGAAUUGGUUCAGUUACUGUAGUGAGCCCCCUGGAGCUGAUCAGGACCAGAAUGCAGUAUCGCAGGUUGUCCUACAAGCAGCUGUACGCAUGCAUCAGCAGUGAAGUGGCUGUAGAUGGAUGGUUUUCCCUGUGGAGGGGAUGGAGUUCUACUGUUCUGAGAGAUGUACCUUUCUCAGCAUUGUACUGGCAUAAUUAUGAACGUUUCAAGAAGAUGUUGUGCAAAGAAGUUGGUGUACAUGAACCAACAUUUUUUAUUGCUUUUACUUCAGGAGUUGCAUCUGGGUCUAUUGCAGCUGUCAUAACUCAGCCGUUUGAUGUAGUGAAAACACAUAGGCAGACUGAACUUUGGACGUGUGAGACCUCAGAAAUUCCACAGGGGGGCUGUCCAUCAGCCUGGGCAGUUACGAGGAAAAUCAUCACUCAAAAUGGGAUUACUGGAUUAUUUGCUGGUAUUAUUCCACGGCUGUCUAAAGUUGCUCCUGCGUGUGCCAUAAUGAUCAGCUCAUAUGAAUAUGGAAAGUCUUUCUUUUCUCAUUUAAAUGAAAAAAUGAACCAACGUCCUUAAUUCUCCGUCAUCUGAUUAUAUGAAGUCAAAAUACAUCGUGAAAGUUGUGCCAAAUUUGAAUCUGUCAAGAUGUUUUCUAGAAGUCCCAGUGAAAUUCUGCCAUUACAUUUGGUAACUAAGUACAACUUUAUUUUUAACUGUUUCACAAAGGAUAAAUUCACAUUUUUCUUAAGACUAAGAAAAUAUACAUGACCCUUAGACUAUCAUUGAAGAUUUUGUGACUUCUCUUGCAGCUAGAGAGAAAAACAAAAGGAGAAGGAGAAAAAAAAAAGGUGCUGACUGUUCUUCAGUGAUAAGAGCAAUGAAGAAUAACCACUGCCACUGUGUUCAUUUGCAGUCUGACUAAACAUUUUUGUUGGGUAUUUAAAGUGAUGUUUAGAAAAGGUUUGGGGGUUCCAAUUUUAUGAUUUGAUUAUUCCCCCAUAAGGAGGUUGAUACAGAAUAAACUCAAACAUUUCUUCUUGCCUACCGCAA